AUGAAUUCGGUGUUGGAACUGAUCCAGUGCCCAGUAUGUAUGAACACCAACAGCGAUCCGAUGGUGCUCUCUUGUGGCCAUAGUAUCUGCAGCGACUGUGUCGAGAAAAUGAUCGCUAGGAACCAGCGGAAAUGCCCUACCUGUAACGCGGGCGAGAUCAACUCCAACCUGCAACUUAGUCGAGCGACACAGUCUCUGGUCGGCACUUUUCACUCUCUUGCAACAAUGAAGUGUCCGAAUUGCGAAGAAAUCGUUAGAGUGUCGGAUAUGUUCAAAUCUGUGCAGGACUUCGAAACACUAAUUGGCGUCAGUCAGGAACAUUUGAAGCCAUGGAUGGAAUCAACUGCUACCCAGUGGUUGAAAGACAACACUCUUCUCUUGGAUAAGGUGCGACAGCAACUGGUCAGAUUUGAUCAGACGGUACUGCAUGUAGCGAAAGUGUUAUCACAGGCCGCUGAAUGUGAAAGAGCCGCCUUCCAAAAUUAUGAGAGGGUUCUACAGCGCCUCCGUGCACACUACGAUGCACUGGGGGAUGUUCUUUGCGUCGGAGACCGGCCUUCUGUCGACUCCACUUUGGUGAGCGCUUCUUAUAUUUUAGUUUCCCUCAAGUUCUGUUUUAAAUAA